UUAUACUGAGCUGCCGUUCUGUCGCUGGCUGUUGGGAGGACAGCGGGCUGUUGGGAGGACGUAGCUGUGGAAACUGAGCCUGAACAUGAGUGCAAGUUUGUGGAAGUCCGUCCUGAUAACGGGCGCUAGCAGAGGGAUAGGACUCGAACUGGUGAAAGAGCUGGCUAAAAGCAGCACCAGACCUGCUACCAUUAUAGCCGCAGCCCGCAACCCGCCUGCCUCCACGGAUUUGCAGGAAAUCUCCAAAACCUACCCAGGUGUUUAUAUUGUAAAAUUAGAUGUGGACAACCAGCAGAGUAUCAGCUCAGCACUGGAGGAGGUCCAGUCCCUGGUGGGAAAUAAAGGACUCAACUGUCUGAUUAAUAACGCCGCAAUUGGAUCAUCUGUGGAUUUAAACGCUGUAACGCCAGAGACUAUGAUGAAGACCUUCCAGACAAACACUGUUUCACCACUCUUUGUCUCAAAGGCCUUCCUGCCUCUGCUGCAGACAGCUGCAGCUCAGUCAAGUGGGAUGGGGAUCCACAGGGCAGCCGUGAUUAACAUCUCCUCCAUUCUUGGCUCCAUUGAAAGUAACUGGGGUGAAAGUGGCAACUUCAAGAGCUACGCCUACCGAACCUCUAAGGCAGCACUGAACAUGGUGACAAGGUGUCUAGCUGUUGAUUUGGGACCAGAUGGAAUCCUUUGUAUGUCUCUACACCCUGGCUGGGUCAAGACUGACAUGGGAGGACCUAAUGCUGAUUUGACAGUAGAGGAGAGCGUUUCUGGAAUGCUGUCUGUGCUCUCCAGUCUCACAGAGAGCGACAAUGGAGGAUUCAAGGACUACCGUGGACAGAACCUACCAUGGUAAAAGUAACUCAGAGGCUCUCCUGGCACACAGCGCUGUUAGGGGAACACUGCCCUGUGCCUGGUCCUUCCUAAGCAGUUUAGAUCUACAUCAACAUCCUCUGUGCUAUGAUCAAAUAAAACAUUUUAACAAAAGUUUAAA